AACAUAGAGGAGUUUUAUGUAAAUUAGAGGAACCGAUCCAUCGUUGGCUUGGCUGUAUAAAAAGGUUGCCUCUCCGGCUAAACAUAUCGGCGAAAAAGGAACAUGGCCAAAGCUCGGAAGCCGAAGAACGAGGAAGCUCCUGGCGCCAAGGCUUCGGAGAACACUGGAGCUAAAGUUCUUCACCAGAAGCUCUUUCUUUCUAUCGACUUUAAAAAACGCCAAAUCUACGGUUACACAGAGUUAGAAGUGAGUGUGCCAGAUAUUGGUAUAGUGGGACUACACGCAGAGAACUUGGGAAUUGAGAGUGUUUUGGUAGAUGGGGAACCCACUGUAUUUGAGUACUAUCCGCACCAUCAGAACUCUGAAACUGAGAGUAACUGGAACUCGGUCUCAGACCCUGCUUCAGCAGCUGAUGCCGCGGCCAUCGAAUAUGUUGGGGUUCUUAAGAGAGAAGACACUGCUAAUUUACUAAUCAACUGUUGCAAGCCCUCUAAGGAUCUAUCUGAACAGCUGGAUAAUGUGACUUUAGAAAAUGGUUCCCAAUCUUCCGGGGAGGUAAAACAGAAUGUUAAAUUGAUUCGGAUUAACUACUGGGUAGAGAAAAUUGAGUCAGGAAUUCAUUUUGAUGGGAACAUUGUACAUACUGAUAACCAGAUGAGACGUGCCCGUUGUUGGUUUCCUUGCAUAGAUGAUGAGUACCAUCGUUGCAGUUUCGAUUUGGAAUUCACUGUUCCGCACAACUUUGUGGCUGUCAGUGUUGGGAAAUUACUCUACCAGGUUAUGUGCAAAGAAGAUACUACUCGAAAAACAUAUGUUUAUGAGUUAGCUAUUCCUAUUGCACCGCGGUGGGUGUCUUUAGUUGCAGGACCAUUGGAAGUCUUUCCAGAUCAGACCAACUUUCUCAUAUCUAACUUGUGUUUGCCGCAUGAUCUCUCGAGGCUUCGUAAUACAAUGAAAUUUUUCCAUGAAGCUUAUAGCUACUAUGAGGAUUAUUUAAGUGCGAACUUUCCAUUUGGAUUCUACAAGCAAGUCUUUUUACCUCCUGAAAUGGUUGUUACCUCGUCGACUUCGGGAGCUUCCUUGAAUAUCUUUAGCUCCCACAUGCUAUAUGAUGAGAGGGUUAUUGAUCAGACAAUAGAUACACGCAUUAGACUUGCUUCUGCGUUAGCAAAACAGUGGUUUGGAGUUUAUAUUACUCCUGAAUCACCAAAUGAUGAUUGGCUCCUCGAUGGUCUUGCUGGUUUCUUAACGGAUAUGUUUAUUAAGCAGUUUUUGGGAAAUAAUGAAGCACGAUACCGGAGAUACAAGGCAAAUUGUGCUGUCUGUAAAGCUGAUGAUAGUGGUGCAAUGUGCUUGAGCGCAUCUCCUUCUUGCAAGGACCUAUUUGGAACGCAUUCUAUUGGGAUGCAUGGGAAGAUACGAUCAUGGAAAUCAGGAGCAGUCCUUCAGAUGUUAGAGAAGCAAAUGGGCUCAGACUCGUUUCGUAAAAUAUUGCAGAAAAUUAUUUCUCGAGCCAAGGAUCCAUCUAAUUCUAUACGGUCUCUUAGCACGAAGGAGUUCCGGCAAUUUGCUAAUAAGAUUGGAAAUCUUGAGCGUCCAUUUCUUAAAGAAUUUUUUCAGCGAUGGGUUGCAUCUUGUGGUUGUCCCGUGCUAAGGAUUGGGUUGUCUUACAACAAAAGGAAAAACAAUGUUGAAAUGGCUGCUCUGCGCGAAUGCACGGCUACACUGGAUGCAAGAUUAUCAGUUAUUGGGGCUACUUCUGAUUCAGAAAGCCGGGAUGUGGAUGCUGGCUGGCCGGGUAUUAUGAGUAUAAGGGUUUAUGAACUCGAUGGAAUGUCUGAUCAUCCAAAGUUGCCUAUGGCUGGAGAUAGAUGGCAGCUACUGGAAUUACCAUGUCAUUCUAAACUUGCUGCUAAACGCUAUCAAAAACCAAAGAAGGGAGGGAAACCUGAUGGGGCUGAAGACAAUGUUGAUGCUAUAGCACCGUUAGAAAAUAAAACGAGCAUUGAAUCUCCCUUGGCUUGGAUUAAAGCUGACCCUGAGAUGGAAUAUAUUGCUGAGAUUCACCUUCAUCAGCCCCUACAAAUGUGGGUCAAUCAACUAGAGAAGGAUGGAGAUGUUGUUGCUCAGGCACAAGCAAUUGCGUCACUCGAAGCCUUAAAACAACACUCCUUUUCCAUUGUGAAUGCGCUCAAAAAUGUUCUCACUGACUCCAAGGUCUUUUGGAGAAUACGUAUUGGGGCAGCGUUUGCAUUGGCUAAAACAGCAUCAGAGGAGACUGACUGGGCGGGUUUGCAACAUCUAAUCAAGUUUUAUAAAAGUAGAAGAUUUGAUGCAGAGAUUGGACUCCCCAAGCCGAAUGACUUCCACGAUUUCCCAGAAUAUUUUGUGCUUGAGGCCAUUCCACAUGCCAUUGCAAUAGUUAGGGGUGCUGAGGGGAAAAGCCCUCGAGAAGCUGUUGAAUUUAUCUUACAGCUUCUGAAGUACAAUGACAACAGUGGGAAUCGGUAUUCUGAUGUAUUCUGGCUUGCUGUGCUUGUUCAGUCAGUUGGUGAUCUCGAAUUCUGUCAGCAGAGUCUAACGUUUUUGGCCCCUCUUCUGAAGCGCAUUGACAGACUCUUGCAGUUUGACAGGUUGAUGCCAAGCUACAAUGGCAUCUUGACAAUUAGCUGCAUCCGAACAUUGGCACAGACUGCUCUCAAGCUUUCUGAUUCUAUCAGUUUCGAUCACAUCUGUAAACUUAUUGAACCUUUCCGAAAUUCGGAUACAAUAUUGCAAAUUCGUAUAGAAGCAAGUAGGGCACUUCUUGACAUCGAGUUCCAAUCCAAAGGCAUAAGUUCCACACUUUUGUUGUUUAUGAAAUAUGUGGUAGAAGAAUCAUCUUUGAGAGGGCAGGUAAAAUUGUGUGUACACACAAUGCGGUUAUGUCAAAUAGCAGUUGGAUGUGACUCAGACGAUUGUGUCGACACUGUUAGUCUUCUGGAUUUGCUGCAUCUAUUCAAGAGCCAUGUAGUAUUCAACAAUGAACUUCUUCGCUACUACUUGUUCUGCAUUUUUCAAAUUCUCGCGGGAAGACCCCCAACGUUGUUUGGUGUGCCCAAAGAAAAACCUUUGCAGCUUGUUGAUGUGGAGGCCUGCAUUGAGCCGAAAAAUGUAUUUUCGGUUCCGGGAGCAGAUGCAGGGGAGCCUUCACUGGCACUUGGAGAUGCCAAAGGACAAUCACUGGAUGUUUCUCCUUAUGGUGUUCCAAUAAGACCACAGGAAAUAUUCAUGCCUAUCGUUCCUGAACUAAAGUUGCCAGAACCUGUUGCAGCGUAUGAUGAGACACAGCAUCUUGAAUCUCGCAUGGAAAGUCAAAACCAACCUUCACAUGAAAAUCCCAUCGUUCAUGAGAUUCCAUCGGAUGGUGAAGGUCCAACAGAAGAAUUAGCUAAUAGGGAAGCAAACCCUCCAACAAAGGAACCUCAAAAAGAACCUGAUGUGGUUGCUGUGUCUGUUAGUCAUGAGGUGAAGAAGUCUGUUAUACGGAUCAAGGUCAGACCAUCUGGUGCAACCAGCAGAGCCGAGGGAUCAGCACGAACCAUAGAAAGAUCUCAAGGGAUUGUGGUACGCCAUGAUAUAGACAGAGGACAAACCAGUUCAGCUUCAGUGGACGCCCCACAGAGAAUCUCAACUGAUGCUGUGAGCAUAAGCAAUCAGAAUCACGUGGAGGAAGUAAACUCGUGUCACGAUGUUGGUUCUCGUAUGACUGCGAGUAUCGGCAGUGUAAAAUUUGCAAGUGAAGGCGAUACUUUUGGGAAAGAGUUGCAAUGCACUGCUGAGUCUGGGAAAACUUCGACAAGCCAGAAAGCAGAUAAUAACAACCAAACAGUAGCGCCUAGCAUCUUACCACUAGACCAUAGUAUGGAAAACGAGGAGACACAGCAGAAAUACGCGAGCCUUCAAACACUUUCGGUUGGUAAAGAAAAGGAAAAGAAGAAAGACAAGGAAAAGAAAGAGAAGAAGAGGAAAAGAGAAGAUCCCGUUUAUCUAGAGAAGAAACGGUUAAAGAAAGAGAAGAAACGAAAGGAGAAGGAAAUGGCGAAGCUCGUGAGCAGCUCUUCAGAUCCAGCUACAAAGAAGAUAGAGAGUGUAGCGGAGGCUAAAGCAGAAGAAACAAGUGAUGGUGCCAUGUUGAUUAAGGUUGAACCAAAGGCUGAGCCAUCAGCAGCGACAGAAGCUCGUCCGCUUCCCAAAUUCCGAAUAAAACUGAAAAGCAAAGCGGUUGUGUGUUUACCACUGUGGGCUUUCCAUGCUAUUGUUGCAAGGGGAAGAUUCUCUCUUCCUGCUCCAAUCGCCCCUCGUAACCGUCAUUGGGCUCCAUGUCAUGCUAUCGUCUCAACACCAUUGCUUAUAGCUUUCGAAUUGCUUCUAUGUGUAUACCUCGAGACUGCAUAUGCUGAUUCGCCGCCAGCAGUGAGCUUGAAGAUUGUGUUUCUCCCUUUAUUGGCAUUUGAAGUAAUAAUACUGGUGGACAAUGCCAGAAUGUGUCGGGCACUGAUGCCUGGAGAUGAAGAGAGCGUGAAUGAUGAAGCAGUAUGGGAAGCUCUUCCUCAUUUCUGGGUUGCGAUUUCCAUGGUGUUCUUUUUGGCUGCUACAGUCUUUACCCUCCUAAAGCUGUCUGGUGAUGUAGCUGCUCUUGGCUGGUGGGAUUUAUUCAUUAAUUUCGGAAUUGCAGAGUGCUUUGCUUUUCUUGUUUGUACAAAAUGGUCUAAUCCAGUAAUUCAUAGAAGCUCACCUGAUAGAGAAACCGGGUCAUCUUCUACCAAUAUUAGAUAUCUUGACUGGAACAGUGGCCUUGGGGUUUUUUCGGAAGACGAUAGGAACCAAGAUACAACGUGUGGCCUGCAAGACUUUGGUGGUCAUAUAAUGAAAAUUCCCCUCAUUGUAUUUCAAGUGGUACUUUGCAUGCAUCUAGAGGGGACUCCUGAAGCUGCUAAGUAUAUACCUGUCCCUGUUCUGUUUUCUCCACUUUUCCUAUUGCAAGGCGUUGGUGUUCUAUUUGCUGCUUCUAAAUUAAUAGAGAAGGUUGUUCUAUUAAUGCGCGGUGAAGAUGAUGCAGGAUUAUAUUUUCGAUUUUCAUCCACAGCCCAUGAUUGCUUGGGUUUCUUGCACCAUGGAUCCAGGCUACUAGGUUGGUGGUCAAUUGAUGAAGGAAGCCGGGAGGAGCAAGCUCGACUAUACUUUGAUCAAGACUCUGGUUACAAUACCUUCUGUGGUCAUCCUCCUGAAAUAGUCAAGAAAAUGCCGAAGAAAGAGCUUGCUGAGGAGGUGUGGAGACUUCAAGCAGCACUUGGUGAACAAACAGAAAUCACGAAAUUCAGCCAGCAGGAAUAUGAGAGACUGCAAAAUGAGAAAGUGCUGUGUAGGGUAUGUUUUGAAAGAGAAAUCAGUGUUGUACUGCUUCCAUGUAGACACCGUGUUCUCUGCAGAAACUGCUCAGACAAGUGUAAAAAAUGUCCUUUCUGCCGUAUAAACAUCGAAGAGCGGCUCCCCGUAUAUGAUGUUUAACAUCUAACUUGACCCUCUUCGUCUUUGAUAUCAAAUAUUUAAGUGUAUAUAUGUGUGUGUGUAGAGAGGAUAUGAUGAUUCACACUCCUUUUAUAACCAUCUCUACAUUGCUGAGUCUUUUUAUUUGUGUGAAUCAGCAUUGAGUAUAUAUAGGUCAAGCAGAAGUCUAUUGUUGGAUUAGAUGUUAUGUCUUAUGUUUAGGCUUUUUGUAUAUAUUAUUUACCUCUGACAUACUUCAGGGAGAUAUUAUCUGUU